AUGCUUCGAUCGCAGCGCGCGGCAUUGGAGCUGGCCGAACAAUGCCGGUUCACCCUGGUUCAGCUGCACGCCGAUGCGCCCGUUGUCGGCGAUCGGAGUACAGCGACGCUGCGCCCGCGCCGCUGGAGUGCGAUGGCUGCGAUACCGGCAGGUGGUCAAUGCGGCCGCGGUAAUCAUCCUGCGAAUGUCGGAGCAAGAACCCGCGCAGAGGGUCCUCCGCAGUUGAGCGCCACUGUCAAGCGGUCUUUCAUUCUUCGAGGGCGCGCUGCUUCGGCAGUGGGCUCGACUGUCAGGAACCGCAAGGUGAAUACCACGUGGCGACGCUCUCGGGCCGCGCGCGCUGGAAAAAGUCCGCCACUUCCUGCGAAGCCAGCCCCAGGCGUACCCGCGCUCGUCGGAGCCGUACUCCGGGUUGCGGUCGUCGAGUGGCAUUGCGUCGUAGCGCACGCCGAACUCGGAUUCGGUGAUUUCCGCCAGGUACGAGGAGACUUCGGCGACCCGAUCGGGUGCCAGGUAGGUGACGAGUUGGUCGUCGGUGUCGGUGUUGGAGGUCUUCGUCCCCCAGGAUCACGCCGUAGGUCGGCCAGUUCUCGGACACGCGCUCGUACUCCCGUGCUGGAGGGCGCACAGGAUCGGAUCCCACGCCUUGUCCGUGUCGCACGAGAACUCGGAUCGGCCCGUCUCCUCGAUGUCCUCGACCAGAGCGCCGAGUUUGUCGUCGUCGCCGCGCGCGUCCAGAAGUUCCGCCCACGCUGUCUGACAGCGCGAAAUGUACCCCAAGUUCCAUGGCGUGAUGCUAACGGCCGACCUGCCGCCGUCCCGCCGUCACUACGAGACGAAUCGCCU